AUGGACUCCCGACUCGAAGAAUUGGUGCUCAAGAACGUCAAAGACGGCUACCAAACCGAACGCAUCAUGCGCGAAAUCAUCAGUGGCGGCAACCUCAAAGAAAUCAGCAGCGCCCUCGACAUUCCCAUGUGGCAAUUGUCCCUGCGCAUUGCCAACUUCGGCCUGCACUGCUUCCAACUUGCUGUACUUCGCGGGGAAGACCCAUACGGUCCUGCCUGUGAGCAUCACUGCCCCGAUCAUGUCGAAGCCUUCAACGAGGAACAGAGCAAGGUUGUUGUCAUCGAGGCCAUGGCGCACAUGAUGGCAGGCACCCCACCAGUUCCAGCACUGCUCAUGGCCGAAUGUCUGCAAGCGAGGAUGAUCGCCAAAGAAUAUGAAGACCAAGCUGAAAUGGGUGGUUCGGAGGACGACAGUUGGUGGGGUUGUUUCUCUGAAUCUGAAGGAGAGGCAUUUGAUGGCAAAGGAAAGGGGGAGAAGAAUGGUCCAAAGGCAGGGAAGACAGCGCCAGAUGGAGGAAAGGUUGCCAUCGGAGCUGGAAAGACCACUGCUAAGGGACAGGCGAGUGUUGCGAAUGGUGCAAAGGUGGCAGAGAAGGCAGGAAAGACCACCGUGCAAAGUGAGAAGGCCGUGCAGAGUGACAAGACUGCUGUUGGCGAACAAAAGAGCCUCGCAAGGGGAGACAAGCCGCUUGCAAAGCCGGAGAAGACAACUGCAGAUGGCAAGGCCACCACGAUCAAGCGGGUCGGCGCAUGA